AGGAGAAUAAUUGGAAUCAUCGGUUCAUCGCAGUCCUCGUCUCCAGUUUACACUUAGAGUUGUUCCUAUAUCCAAAUUCUGUGUGCUCUACGAUGGUGAAACUGAAGAUUGCCGGUACAUGGGCAGGAGUGUUAGAGGUUGAACUCGAGACUUGGACGCUACCCAUGUUGAGGGAAGAAAUCGCCAAGCGAUCCAACUGUGGCGUCGACUCCAUCAAUUUGAUAUGUGCUGGCAAAAUUUUGAAAGACGGCGAUGGCCAAGAGAAAUUGAGCCAAAUGGGUAUAAAAAAUAAUGCCAAAAUUCUUGCGAGCCGUGUCUGUGCUGAAGAAGGCAAGGUUUUGAUGGCUGAGGAAGAACGGACUCGCAGACUUUCCCGAGUCAAGGCAGCUGCCACAGCACUCGCCAAAAGGCAUGCUGAUGGUUCAUUACCUAUGGAAGACUUCAACAUAGAAGUUGAAGAUCAAAGUGGACAAAAAGUGCAGUUAGGUUCUGAGACUGAUCAGAGGGCAGUAAUGAUGGGACUGAUGCUUCAUGCAAAUGGGAAACGUCUUAUUAGACAGAAAAACUACAAUGAUGCUUUAGAAGUGCUGUCUAUGGGUGAGGAGGCAUUCUCUCUUUGUGAUCCAAAGGUCAUUGAGCUUGUUGACAAUGUCCCAAUACUGCAAAUAGACAUGGUGUGGUGCUACUUUAUGAUCCGAGAUAUCAGAUGGCUAUCAGAGGCUGGAAAGCGUCUUGAAAUGGCUAGGGCUGGGAUUGAACGUGCUCAUGGAAAGGAUUCCCAGCGCCUUAGAGUUCUACAGGGAGGUCGUUAUCCUGAACUUGCACUGCAUUUGAGACUAGAGCUACUUGAAGGGGUGGUAGCUUAUCACAAUGGUAAGGUGGAAAAAUCAAGAGAUGUGCUGACCUCUGCAAAAGCAAAAUUCAUGCAGCUGCAAGUGUCAGAUGAAGUCUUGUCAUUUGUUAUGAGCAUGGGAUUCAAAGAGCGUGAUGCAAAGAGAGCAUUACGGAUGAACAAUCAAGAUGUGGGAGGUGCCAUUGAUUUUCUUGAGGAGGAGAAGGCAAAAAAACAGCGAAAACGAGAAGAAGAUAUGAGGAGAAGAGAUGAAAUUAGGGAACAAAAGCGUUAUGGGUUGACUCCCUUGAAGAAAGCUGUGGAUCUGCAGAAGUUGAAGGAUUUGGUCUCUUUGGGAUUUGAGAAGGAACUUGCUGCUGAAGCUCUUCGAAGAAACGAAAAUGAUUUUGAUGAGGCAUUGAAUGAUUUGACAAAUCCAGAAACUAAUUCUGCUAUACAGGUUCACAUUGAAACAAGGAAAAGGAAAAGACUGAGGCAAGCAACAGAGUCUCAAAUUGAAAAUUUUGUCCGCAUGGGGUUUGAAAGAUCAAAAGUGGUAUCUGCUUUCGAGAUUGGUGGCCCUUUGGAUCAAAUAAUGCAAAGACUGACCGCACAUGCUGAGGAAAACACACAAGUCGAGGCCAAUUCAACUGUUAACAGUUCGAGUUCUUCUGCUCCCUCGCCAGACAACAUUGGUUCUAACAUUCCAGGCCUAGCCGAGGACGUUGAAGGUCUGUUGGCUGAUCUCAGCAAAGCAGAGGACCGAGAUGUGGAAAUGGAAGAUGAACUUUCUGCAGAUAUAGCAAAAGCUGAUGCGUUGGCUGACUAUGAUGUCGAAGUUAAUAUAGAAGGGGGAGCCAUAGAAGAAUAUCUUUCUCUGCUGGAGUCAGCAGCCAGCAGCAGUGGGCAAAAGUUGCCUUCCCAGUAAGAAGAUGGCUAUGAAGAAUAAUGCUUAGUUUAUGUAAAUAAUAGUAUAAUACAGUAAAGAUAUGCAUCUUGCUCUUCCUUGUAGGAAAAUGGUCGUCUCUAUAUAUUUUUAAUUAAAAUGAUUUUUGGGAAUGCUUCAGCUGAAAAAUUGGAUAUUUAGAGAUGCAUGGAACUUCCUUUUUCAGUGAUAAUCUAACUUCAAUCAUGUUCCCCUUUC